AAGCAGUAUUUGCCGUCCAUCCAUCCUCCCCAUUCAUCCUAUUUACUGCUUCUUUAAUUUAUACUACCUGGGCGUGUGUAUUCACACGUUGUUCUUGAUCGUUAAUCUUUCCUUCACCUCUCCGGUCAUCAAUUCUUUUUUUAUCUCUUUCUCAACACACCUGCGGUCAUGGCGUUGAUGGUGCCGGCGCUGAUGCAGUUGGUGUUGCUCUUCCUCGUCUCCAGCGGCCGCAGAGCCUCCUCUGCUUCUUCUUUCUUCGAUGAGGACAUCCUUCUUGGAAGCGCCUUCAGGGAUGCCUCCGGUUUGAUUUCACAGAGGAGGGAACGCAACGGCAGCAGCGGCAGCAAAAGUUCGUGGGGGGAGGGUGGAUGGAAGGAGGAGAUUUUGUGGCUGGCGAGGAGGCCAGAGACGGUGGAGUGGUUGAAGCGGCUGCGGAGGAGGAUCCACGAGAACCCGGAGCUGGCGUACGAGGAGGUUGAGACGGGCAAGCUGAUUCGGGAACAGCUGGAUGGCAUGGGGGUGGAAUACUGUUUCCCGGUGGCGCUGACCGGGCUCGUUGCCACCAUCGGCACCGGAGGCCCUCCCUUUGUUGCUAUCAGGGCUGAUAUGGAUGCGCUCCCCAUUCAGGAAGCUGUUGAGUGGAAACACAAAAGUAAGGUUCCUGGUAAAAUGCAUGCUUGUGGACAUGAUGCGCAUGUCGCAAUGCUUCUUGGUGCAGCCAAGAUAUUAAAGAUCCGUGAACAUCAUCUAAAGGGAACUGUUAAGCUGCUCUUUCAGCCAGCAGAGGAAGCUGGAAUUGGUGCUAAGCGAAUGAUUGAAGAUGGUGCUCUGAUGGAUGUGGAGGCUAUAUUCGCUGUUCAUGUAUCACAUGAGCAUCCAACUUCUGUCAUCGGCUCACGAGCCGGUCCUUUGCUUGCUGGAUGUGGCUUUUUUAAGGCAGUUAUAAGGGGACGAGAGGGGCAUGCUGGAAAUCCACACCAUUCAGUUGAUCCCAUUUUGGCCGCCUCUGCUGCAGUCAUCAGUCUGCAGAACAUUGUGUCCCGUGAAGCCAAUCCUCUAGACUCACAGGUUGUCUCAGUGGCAUCAUUUAAUGGAGGCGAUGAUCUUGACUUGAUUCCUGACUCUGUCAUCAUUGCUGGAACUUUCAGAGCAUUCUCUAAUGCAAGCUUUUACCAGCUUCGGCAGAGGAUAGAAGAGGUAAUCAUACAGCAGUCUAGUGUUUACAGAUGCACAACUUCCGUGGACUUUUUUGAACAGGAGCGAUUCUACCCGCCCACGGUUAAUGAUGAAUUUAUGAAUGAACAUGUAAAGAAGGUGGCAAUUGAUCUUUUGGGUCCCGAGAACUACAAGAUUGUCCCGCCGAUGAUGGGUGCUGAAGAUUUCUCUUUCUAUUCUGAAGUCAUCCCAGCAGCCUUUUUUUAUAUAGGUAUAAGAAAUGAAACAUUAGGAUCCACCUACACAGGCCAUUCUCCCUAUUUCAUGAUUGAUGAAGAUGUUCUUCCAAUUGGUGCUGCCGUUCAUGCUGCAGUAGCUGAAAGAUAUCUCAUUGAGCAUGGCUAGAAUUUGCAAUCCACAUUUUGGAUGAGAUUUGGGGAAAGGUGUGCAUAUCUCACUAUUAGCUGUUCUAUGGCAUCCAUUGGGAGUUUCCAUGCUCUGUAGAUUGGACGAUGGUGGAGAGGGAGUCAGGGUAUUCCUCCAUUUGCCUGCCAUAAUGCCAUAUUUAACUGCCCCGUUAGUAAACUAGGGGACAUUGCAACCGCUAUUCUUGUAUUGCAUUCUUAGUCAGACAAUAAGAAGUUUUUGCUCAAUUUGUCCAUUUAUUGAUGAGAAUGUAGUUAGUUAUUUAUUAAACUUUUCAACUUGGCUUUAUAUUCGGCAUUAGGUUGUCUCUUUCAUU